AUGGCGUCUCGUGACUCCCAUCCGCGGGACUUCGAGACCAACAGUGCAGAUAAAGAUUUCCACCCGACCACAACCCACCAUCCCUCGUACUCAAAUCAACCACAGUACUCUCGCCCACUGAUUGGUUCUGCCAGAAACGGAUGGCAACCCGGAGCCCAUGAAGGCUCCCGGCGAGGCUCCAGCUCCCCUGCGGAUGACAUCAAAUCCCCCGGGUGGUCCCAAAUGGCUCUUUCGGUAAAUUCUGCGCCGCGCUUGCGGCGUUUAGUGCUGAUCUACGCCACGCUGUUUAUAUUUGCAUGGAUCGGUUGGAGAAUGCUGCUUUCUCCGCGACUACAAGAGCAAAAGUCACUGCUGCAUUCACUUGAUCCGACGUCUAGGACAGACACAAGUGGGCGAAUCGGGGCAAAUUCGUCCCCUCAGUUCGAUGGCUUGGUUCAGAUCCGCACAUUGCACCCAGACCUGGUGCCUGGCGAUAUAGCGGGAGUGAAGGCAGGAAAAUCUAGUCGGAAGCGGCUAAUUAUUGUGGGCGAUGUGCAUGGCUGUAAAGAGGAGUUGGUGCAACUUCUUGAAAAAGUCUCCUUCAAUCAAAAAGGUGGCGAUCACCUUAUCCUUGUCGGUGAUCUGAUCAAUAAAGGACCAGACAGUACAGGAGUCGUGAACUUAGCUCGGCAGCAUGCGGCAUCUAGUGUCCGCGGGAACCACGAAGACCGGAUUCUGCUUCUUCGACAAGAGAUGGUGAAGACAAAAACUCUCACAACACAUGAUGGCGAUGAAGACUCUGGUUUCUCAUCCAGAGAACUUGGCGAGCGUGCAGUUGCGCGGUCUUUGAGCGACGGGCAAGCUCAGUGGCUGGAGAACUGUCCCGUGAUUCUGGAUGUCGGCCAAGUUCCAGGUAUGGGUCAGGUUGUUGUUGUUCAUGCGGGACUAGUACCGGGCAUCGAGCUUGAGAAGCAAGACCCUUCCAGCGUGAUGACUAUGCGGACCAUCGAUUCAGAUACGCAUGUACCCAGUCCGAAAAAGAAGGGCAUGAAUUGGGCUAAAAUGUUUGAUAAACAUCAAUCAAAACUAUACUCGAGUCUCGAGACUUCAACUGAAGAUCCCCUCCCGAACACUAUGACUGUUGUCUAUGGUCACGAUGCUUCUACGUCCCUUUCUAUCCGCACAUUCACAAAGGGUCUUGACUCGGGUUGUGUGAAGGGAGGAAAGCUCACAGCUUUGGUUAUAGAGGAUGGCGGAAAGCAAAGUAUUGUACAGGUAUCGUGUCGUGACUAUCUAAAGGAAUGA